AUGGCUUCUCUAUUGCGACAAAUCGUCGCGGGGCCUCGCGCAAGGCACGCCGAGUCCGACUUGGACUUGUGCUAUGUCACUUCCAACAUUAUUGCCACCUCCGGUCCAUCAGGGACGUAUCCCCAAAGAGCCUACCGAAACCCGCUCGACCGCCUCGUCACCUUCCUCGACGAGAAACACAAGGACAACUGGGCGAUAUGGGAGUUCCGCGCCGAGGGCACGGGGUACCCCGACGAGGAGGUCUACGGGCGUGUGAGGCAUUACCCCUGGCCUGACCACCACCCGCCGCCGUUCCGCCUGAUUCCCAUGAUCAUGGCGAGCAUGCGCAACUGGCUCAAUGGCGGCGACCUCCAGCAGGGCGACGUGGCUGUCAGCAAGUCUGACGGCAAGAAGGUCGAGGGAGGCGAUAAUCAGAGAGUCGUCGUUGUGCACUGCAAGGCUGGCAAGGGCCGCAGCGGGACUGUUUCUUGCAGCUACCUGAUCUCGGAGUGCGGCUGGAAGCCUGAGGAGGCGCUGACGAGGUUUACCGAGCGGAGGAUGAGGCCUAAGUUCGGCGCUGGUGUGUCUAUCCCAAGUCAGCUGCGGACGAUCACCUACGUGGACCGCUGGACUAGGGGAGGCAAAAAGUAUGUGGAUCGCGCAGUUGAGAUUAUGGAGAUUCAUGUCUGGGGCCUGCGUAGCGGCGUCAAGUUUGAUGUUGAAGGCUUCGAGGAUGAGGGCAAGAAGAUCAAGGUGUUUCACACGUUCAAGAAGAGUGAGAGGGUGGUUAUCGAGGGAGAUGCACCUAGUGGAGGGGGUAUCGGGCGUAUGAUGACCGAUUUGGCCAGCGUGGGAGUCAAGCCUACGGAGAAGGCCCCUGCGGAAGCACCUUUGGCGGAGCAUGCCAACACAAAUCAUGCAAAGGAUGGUGGAAAGAAGGAGGAGACAAAGGAAGACGGGGUGUCGAGGAGUAAGAGCAAGAAGUUGAGGAACGCCAAGACGACGUCACUUAUCAGGGACCCGGCGGCGCCUGGACAGCAGAAGAGGAGCGAGACGGAAGCGAAUGGCAAGGAAGAUGCUGAGGAAGGAGAGCCUGGUGGCAUGGCCGUUAUCCUCAAGCCGAAGGAGGCCAUCCAUAUCCCGAACAGUGAUGUCAACAUCUCUGUCGAGAGAAGAAACAGGACGUCCGCUAGUAUGGGCUUGACCAUGGUCACGGCGGUGGCUCACGUCUGGUUCAACGUCUUCUUUGAGGGCAACGGUCCUGAGCAAGAUGGCAAGCCCGAUGCCAGCGGCGUGUUCGAGAUCGAAUGGGACGCGAUGGACGGUAUCAAGGGGUCCAGUAGGAAGGGGUCCCGCGGGUUCGACAAGAUUGCCGUCGUUUGGCGAGUUGCGGACUCCCACCGCGCCAAGGAUGGUGGUGACGAAGUCGGUCCUGCGGAGGGCGAUGUCGUGCAGCAGCCUUCAGAGGGGUCGCCGGUUCCGCAGAUGAAGGCCGCUGACUGGAAGGGCGGCAACAAGGAGGAUCCCACAGCCGAGAAGCACCUCGGCCUGAGGACGGAGAGUCCCGAGAGCGCGGACGUGAGCCGGGCGAGCAGUGUCAAGGACGGCGUCGUGAAGGAUGGAGAUGAGACUGAUUCUAUGGAGGGCGUGAAGACCAGCGGGCCGUACGGAGAAGAGAUUGAGGCGGAUGAUGUUGAUGUUAAGAAGGUUGAGAAGGAGGUGGCGACUGAGAGCGUUAACAAGAAGGUUGAGCCGGGCCCAGAGUUGUUGGAUUCUCCUGAUACAGCGAGCGGGACAACUGCUGCUGGGAGCACCGAGAUCAAGAAGUAG